UGGUUGUUGUCGACGUCGGCGGCGCUCUUUAUCCAGUCCAGAAAGGGAACUUCGGUUACAAAGAGAGCAGCAACGCAGACACAACAUUGCUGCUCGUCGCGUAGCGAAGGUGGCAGCUGAAGAAUGGCUAGUGAGGGCAGAGACUUCGCUUGCUCGCGGUCGGGGCUUCGAAUGGACCGCACACGCGUACUCAGAUAGCGGAGCUUUGUCGCACGCCGACGGGAUAGAGGAGUUGUGGCAGCAUUUUGCUGGGAAAAUAGGAGAGCAUGGAAGUCGGACUGAUGUUCCAGAAGAUGAAAAUGAAAUUGAUGGACAAGAACACCGCACACCCAUACGCAGUGCUAACCGAGGCUUUGCUGAGCUUGAAGACAACGGUGACGAGGACACGGGUGCAGGCCUCGGCUUUAGCUCUUCUCCGCCUACAGUCGCCGGUCAUGCUGCUUCAUCCUCUAGUUCUUCG